UUUGUCGUUAAAGUACUUGCUUGUGUGUUUCCUUACAAAUCUUACUGAAUAAAACACCCGGGGUCUAGUUGUUGCGCAUAAUAUUCGCAGAAUUAAAUUAGCAGCUAAUCUGGAUGAAGUGUAGCGCAUUUUUGUUGCUGUUGCCUUCUCUGUAGCCCCACAUUGAGAAGGAGGAGGAGGGCAUCUGGAAGCGCGGUGUCUGCAGCAUAAUUAAAACAUGGCGGACUCGGAGGAAUUUAGACUUAAACGUUUAAAGCACGAAGAGCAGAUGUCCCGAAUGUUCGAUGAAGUGAUGGGGCUGGGAGAGUUUGCCGACUCCUCCAGGGGCUCUGUGGCUUCCUCCAAGAGUGGCGGUCAGGUAGAACCAAAGGGACUAGACGAAACUUUAGAACAAGGAGAAACCCAGCCGCUUCAAGAAGAUAGCAACUCAAGCAGACAAGAGAAAAAGACGAAUGAGGAGACGGGAGAGACGAGUUUUGCUCCCCUAAUUUUAUCCUCUUCUGGAAAACCCUCCUCGUUUGACAUGGUAAGAAGCGAAAGAGGAGGUGGAGGGAGUGGUGGAGCAGCAUUUGAUGAUGCAUUGGAUGGCCUUCCCUCUUAUGGACCAGAGGAAGAAGAUGAGGACUGGCACUAUGCCCUGCCAAUGGGCUCCUUAGAAGAUGUUGACGUGGGUAAGGCUAGCAAAAUAAGUCAACUUGGACGGGAAGAGAGUGCUUCUCGGGGCAAUCCCUUUCCCCAAAAACCUGGAGCUGAAGAGGAGCAAGAGAACGAAGGGAGCACUGAGUCUGCGAACACCUCCCACUCCUCCCAGGACAACAUCAAAGACGAUGGCGGCCUGAACCAGACUGAGGAGACUGAAGACAGCCAACAGGAAGAGGCAUCAGGGAACACUCAAGGCGGGGAUCGAAAUCCCCCUGCGUCUCCCAGGAUAAACAUUAAAGAUGAGCCGAUUGAUGAAGGCUAUGAUGCUGCUUUGCUUCCUCAGAACUCCAGUAGGCAAAUCAAAGAGGAGCUGGAGCAGCAUGAGGAAGAGCUGAGGAUCAGCUCUGUCUACUCUGUAGGAGGAGGAAACAGCUUCACGUCUUCUGCCUUGCCUGCAGCUGUUACAGCCCCAACACCGACGCAUAUUUUAAUCCCUGGCAGAGGAGCCAUUCUGCAGGCCAUGGCUUCCCUCCCAGUUAGACCACCAGUUCCAGUCCCACCCACAGUACCCACUUUGACAGCAUUCCCACCACUCCCGCCAUGCCCUCCACCACCUUCUGUUCCUGGGAGUGUUCGCUGCAGCGGCUGCUCCAAGGUUUUGCUGAAAGGCCAAACAGCUUUCCAAAGAAAAGGCUCAACUCAGCUCUUCUGCUCCACAGUUUGUCUGACAGGCCAUCUUCCACCAGUCACUAAGGGUCGAUCAUGUUUCCAGUGCAACAGGGAGAUCGCUCAGCCCAGGGACAUGGUCACAGUUCCAGCAGAAAACAGCACGUUCAUGCUCUUUUGUGGCCAGUUCUGUCUGUCUGUACACAGACACAAGAAGAAACAAGGGGAAAAAGUCAUAACCGAUAAACGGCCUGAGAGGAAGCCUGAGAAGCCACCUGAAAAACCAGUGGAGGGUCCAUCUGAAAAACCCUUCUGUAGUGUCUGCAAAGCCACCAACAAGCAGAUCGAGCAUGAGGUCACCCAUCAAGGAAAACUGCACCGACUCUGCAGUGACCCCUGUUUCCUAACCUGGCGCAAACUGCGUCAGCUCGCUUUGAACUGCUGCGAAGGCUGUGGACUUUACUGCAACAGCAACUCGGGUUCCUGUCAUAUGCUGACGAUAGAAAAGUCUCAGCUCAACUUCUGCAGUUCCACCUGCAUUGGCACUUUUAAACAGACUUGCAGAAAGUCGACUGAGUGUGCAAACUGUCGCAAGAUCACAGUGGUGUCCUCUACCAUCAUGGAGCGGGACCAGAAGGGUAAAGUUCAGUUGUAUUGCUCUCCUGCAUGUGUGGAACAGAGUCGACCACCCCAACAUAAUCUCACAGGUACGCCAUUCCCCUGCGGCCUGUGUAAAGUUUUUGCGGUUCCUCAGUAUCAUCUCGCCAUGGUGGAUGGCACUAUUCGCAACUUUUGUUCCUUAACCUGUGUGAACACGUUCAGGAAAUCGUCUCCUUCAUCUCAGCCUGAUCUCACCAACGGAACCUCGUCUCUCAGGGACCCUCCCAGCAAGGAUGCUGCCAAGCCAGGACCCUCCACCGCAGCCACCGGGGCCACCUCAGUCCCUCCCAUUCCUCAGGAUUACUCAUCUUCAGUCCCGCACCCAGGACACAAUUCCAGUCAUACAUCAGUACCCCCACUAGUGCCUCCGCAUUCAGCUGUGUCAACUCCCACUCUCCCUGGACAAACCCAAGCCAGAUCCCCCCCGGAGCAGCCUCUCAAACCAGUGGAGGAUGGGCUCAGUGAAGUCACCAAACUGACCUGCUAUCAGUGUAGCAAACAAUUCAGCAACAAGCCACUACUACUCACCCACCAGGGUCGUAUUUCUCUGUUUUGCAGUAAAGCGUGCUGUGAUCAGUAUAACACCCAGAAAAAUGUCCUCACUGUGUGUGACUGCUGUAAAGAGGAGAAGAUCCUUCAUGAAGUCACCAGCUUCGGUCAACAAGACGUGUUCUUUUGCAGUGAAAACUGUAAGCAGUUCUUCAAACAGGAACGUGCCUUGCGUCCAUGCUCCUACUGCUGUGGCCUUGGACAGAGGAUGAUGCUCAGCCACUAUGGAGGGAAGAUCGAGGAGUUCUGCAAACCUCACUGCAUGUCCCAGUACACUGUGCUCUACUAUGGAAUGGGUCGGUGCAACAGCUGCAGGAAGCAGGGCUACAUGAACGAGAAGUUGCAGUGCUUGGGUUCAGUUUGUAACUUCUGCAACAUGGCCUGCCUGCUGCAGUACUGCUACCUUCAUUUUGAGACGAGCCAACACACCACCAGCAGCAACGGCAUGAACACUGCCCCGCCAGUGCCAUCCGCUCCGGCGCAACCUCAUCACUCCUCCAAGAUGAAUCCUGUCAUUGCAGAUGUUGUCUCUUUGGCCAACGGCUCCGCCUCUCAGCCCAGCGGGUCAGCGAAUACGGCUCUAACCGGAGAGCUUCCAACCUCCAACAUAGAUGGAAAGAACCUUGAUCAUGCCAGUACUCAGACUGAUGCCAUGCGAGCACCAGCGCCCCGUCGCCGUCAGAUGAAGAACAAGUCGGUUCUGUGCCGACCGUUCACCACAGACCAGGAAAUCAUGUGCCAGCUGCCGUCACCUUCCCCUGAAUCAGAAGCUGCAGCCAAAGAGGAAAACAUAAAGGUGUUCAUGGUUCCAGUACCAGUCUUUGUCCCAAUGCCUAUGAAUAUGUACUCCCAGCACACGCCUGUUCCCAUGGUGGUACCCAUGCCGAUUCCAGUGCCGAUUAUUGUUCAACCACAAACCAGGGAGGUGAAAGAUGCGGCUGUACAGAUGGAAAAGUGUGAUGAAGAGGAGGAAAAACAAAACAAAUCUGCUUUCACUGUAGAUCAGAGCAGCUCCUCUUAUUCUGGAGAAGUUAAGACUGAAGUCAGGGAGGAGUUGGGUCAUGGAGCAACACAGACUGACCUGUUUCAGACUGAAAGUUCAGAGAGAAGAACAGAACCAGCGGGUCAUGAGUUUGACAACCAACCUAAAACUGUCAUCAAUCAUCCUACCAGCAGCGCCGAAGAGCCUCCCUCCUCACCUGUGAUGGAUCUGGAAGCUGACCUCCAACCUGAAUCAUUGAAUCAGAACUUGUCUGUUCGACAGCGAGGAGUGAAGAGACCCAGAGAAGGUUCUUGCAGCCGGAAACGGGGUCGAAGGCGAACUGGUUCUGCUGUUCGAAGUGUUACAGUAUCUCCGGCCUCCUCCAAACUGAACCAUCUGUAUGGGGUCAAAGCCUGGAGGAGCUGGGUCCAACAGAGCAACAAGGAGCCAACAGAAUCCAGUCGAGGAGUUUUUAAAGAAGACAUCCUUCAGUGCAGCUCUGCUGAGCUGAGCUUUGCUCUGUCUCGCUUCAUCAAAGAGGUCCAACGGCCAAAUGGAGAGCCCUACAGCCCUGACAGCAUCUUCUACCUCUGUCUGGGGAUUCAACAGUAUCUGUUCAUGCAGGGGCGGAUCGAAAACAUUUUCACAGAUGAGCUUUACAGUCAGUUUGCCAGUGAGAUCAGCAAGAUGCUUCAAUUGUGGAAACCUAAGCCGCAACCAAGUGGUGGCAUCGUCCCGUCCCGCGUUGAGGAGUCUUACCUGUGGGAGUGUAAACAACUGGGUGCCUACUCGCCCAUAGUGCUGCUCCACACCCUGCUCUUCUUCUGCACCAAGAACCUACACCUCACCACGCUGGCAGAACACCAACACCUGUCUUUCUCCAACUUCACCCGGCGCUUCAAACCCUUCAGCGCAGCCAGAAAUGUCUGUUACCUCCAGUACGAGAGAAGCCGCAGGGAGACAUCUGACUCUGAACAGAAAGAGCAAUUGAGAAAACAUCCGGCGGGGAGGGAUGGAGAGAUGUUGGAAAUCGCAGCCAACCCUCUGCAGUGUCCCAUCCGACUCUACGAGUUCUACCUCUCUAGAUGCCCAGAAUCUGCGAAGAAUCAAAGCGGCGUGUUUUACCUUCAGCCUCAAAGGAAUGUCCACACCUACAGGUCAGGCAGCUCCUGCUGGUACACUUCCAAGCCGCUGGAUGCCACCACCCUACAGAGCAUGCUCAGUCGCAUCUUGGCAGUCAGAGAAGUUCAGGAGGAACACGAGCGAUUGGCUGCAACUAAGGGACUCUCCCACUCAUCUGUGUGAAAGAAGAGACCAUUUCCUGAGGGUGACUCUUUCUUGUUACAGAUUCUGGUAUCAGGCAAGACAGAUAAAACUUUAAGUUCGUUUUGCUGAUACUCUACUGUUUAGAUGUUUUAUUUCAGAUUAUCUGUAUUGAAAUGUUGGCCCUCUUUGUUCCUGCACUUUCUCUGGAGCAAGUUGGAAGGUUCCUCUUGGACACUCAUAAAUGUUGCCAGUUCCUGAUGUGAUUCAGCACAGAUUAUCUACAUGUCAAUUACAGCUGGGCAGCAUUUUAUUACAUUGUUGAGUGUUACUCUUAGUGCCUCUUAUUCAUUCUCACAUCCUAUUUUUGUUCCAUUUUAAACUCCACGUGGCCUUAUUUGCUUCCCUUUCAUAACUGAAGGAGUUUGUUGGUUAUUCUUUUACUGAUUGCGUGCUUUUAUUUACAAACCUGUGUUCUGACCCAUUUAGACAGUAUUCUGUUCAGUUUGGCACAUUUUAUAAGCCAUGUUGCACCAUUGAGCUGUUUCCAUUUUAUUAUUCAAUAUUCAGUUCCUCUUCAUGAACUCCAAAUUUGCACUUUUCCUGUAAACAUUUAGGUCACCAAAUGUUACUGCUGAUGUAUGGGAACUGAAACCCCAGAGUUUGCUUUGUUUCACACCCAGAAGGCUGUGUCAAAUAUUAACUAUAUGUUAUGAGUACGACAUGUGCAGGUUAAACAUCACUGCAUAAAAAUAUUUAAAAAACUGCAAAAGAGAAUCCUUCUUUUGAGCCUUUACGUUUAUCAUGUUUGUCAUUGUGUUUUCGCCUUUUUUGAAGGGGAGGGCGGCGGUAAUAAUUUUAUAAGGAAAGUGUUUCCAACUUUGUGUUGAAUUUACUGUCAGGCUGCACUUCUCAAAAAUAAAUUUACUGUUAGCAAAAUGCAGGGUUCCUACAUUUUUCUCAAUUCAGAAUUCAAGUUUUCAGACUUGGGUUUCUAGUCAUUAAGUAAAUGUUCUGUAGUACAAAUAAAAGACCUGGAUGGAUGCAGGCCUGCAAA